UCGAAACUCGAUGGUUUCCGGCGCUGCGCCGGCCGCUCUAGCCGCCCCUGGCUUUCACUCUUUGGUUUUCAGCUCUGGUCCGGUUGGUGUAGACUCUCCGACUCCGGGAGACGCUGUCGUACUUGGAGGGACGCCAGACUCGGCGACUCCGACCUCCUGGCCCUCAUGUUCGAUGAGCCCGAAUGGACCGAGGAGGCCCCAGUAGCCACGGCCCUCGCGCCCGUAGCCACAGGGCCGCGGCCCGCGGCAGCGGUGCAAACCAAGGGCUUGAAGCACCGCCAGCUCUUGGCCACCUUACGGGCCCUGGAGGCUGCAUCUCUUCCCCAGCAACCUCCCAGCCUACCUGGAAGUGACUCUGAAGAGGAGGAGAUAGAAAAGAAGAAGAAACGCCGGAAAAAGGCCUCAUUUGCCAGUGCCUCUGCUGAAGUAGAGGAGAAAAGGAAGAAGAAACGUCAAAAACAGGCCUCAUAUGGGAGUGAUUCUGAGGAUGAGGAAGUGGAAAGAAAGAAGAAAAGCUGCAAACAGGCUCUUCUUGGCAGUGGUUCUGUUGAAGAGGAGAAAAGAAAGAGCAAAUGCCAGAAACAGGCCCCGUCAAGCAGAGCCCAGCACCUGGACAGUGGUGACCAAACAGAUUCCAAAGCCCAGAAGGGUAGUGCUACGAAUGACCCACACAAGCCAAGCCCUGGGUCUGCUUCUCCUCAACCACCCCAUGCCUUGAGCCGCAAGCAGUGGCGGAACCGGCAGAAGAACAAGCGGAGACACAAGAACAAGUUUCGGCCACCUCAACCACCAGCCCAGGCUCCGGCCCUGGCUCCCACAGAGGAGGCAGAGGCACCUCCUGCUCCCAGGCCAGACAGCCAUGAGGCUCGGGCAGGGGCUCUGCGAGCCCGCAUGGCACAGAGGCUGGAUGGCGCCCGAUUUCGCUACCUCAACGAACAGCUAUACUCAGGGCCCAGCAGUGCUGCACAGCGCCUCUUCCAGGAAGACCCGGAGGCUUUUCUCCUCUACCACCGUGGCUUCCAGAACCAAGUCAAGAAGUGGCCACUGCAGCCUGUGGACCGCAUCAUCAGGGAUCUUCGCCAGCGGCCUGCAUCCCUGGUGGUGGCUGACUUCGGCUGUGGGGACUGUCGCUUGGCUUUGAGUGUCCGGAACCCUGUGCAUUGCUUUGACCUGGCCUCCCUGGACUCCAGGGUUACUGUGUGUGACAUGGCCCAGGUGCCUCUGGAGGAUGAGUCUGUGGAUGUGGCUGUGUUCUGCUUGUCACUGAUGGGAACCAACAUCAGGGACUUCCUAGAGGAGGCAAAUCGAGUGCUGAAACCAGGGGGUCUCCUGAAAGUGGCUGAGGUCAGCAGCCGCUUUGAAGAUGUUCGGGCCUUUCUGGGGGCUGUAACCAAGUUGGGCUUCAAGGUUGUCUCCAAGGACCUGACCAACAGCCACUUCUUCUUGUUUGACUUCCAAAAGACUGGACCCCCUCGGGUUGGGCCAAAGGCUGAACUCUCAGGCCUGAAGCUUCAGCCAUGUCUCUACAAGCGCAGGUGACCGCUGGACCUCCCUUGAAAGGGGAGGCAGGGUUUGAACUCCUGGCUUAGAACCCUGAAGACUGUAGCCAGCCAGACUGUGGGCUAGGACCUGAUAUCACCCUGCCCGCAUCCAAAGAACAAAGUGUGAUAAAGGCCCUGGCUUGGCCCCUGUUGUAACGGAGGCUUCCUUGGUUACAAGAACCAUGAAAUCACUCAGACUAGCUAAACACUAAGGGAUUUAUUCUGAGAAUACGGGGA